AUCAGGUUCAGGUCCAUCACCUCUUACAUUUUUUUCUUUCUUCAAAGUCUCUCAAUGGAUAGUUUGAGAGAUGUUAAGCCUAUCAAAUUCAUAUUUUCUAUUUUCUGUCUAAUUAUUAUAUUAUCCGCCUGUAAUUCAACGGCGGAGCUACCACGGUUUGUCCAACCACUAAAACCCGAUGGUACACUCAGUUUUCUCGUCGUCGGCGACUGGGGAAGAAGAGGUUCUUAUAACCAGUCCCAAGUAGCUCUUCAGAUGGGAAAAAUAGGGAAGGAUUUGAAUAUUGAUUUCCUCAUUUCGACUGGAGAUAACUUUUAUGAUGACGGAAUAAUCAGUCCAUAUGAUUCUCAAUUUCAAGAUUCGUUUACCAAUAUUUACACAGCAUCUAGCUUACAAAAACCAUGGUAUAAUGUAUUAGGAAAUCAUGAUUAUAGAGGUAACGUCUAUGCGCAACUCAGCCCCAUUCUCAGGGAUUUGGACUGCCGAUGGAUUUGUUUAAGAUCUUAUGUUGUUAACGCCGAGAUUGUCGAUAUUUUCUUCGUGGACACAACACCGUUCGUAGAUAAAUAUUUUGAUGAACCAAAAGACCACGUAUAUGAUUGGAGAGGCGUAUUACCAAGAAAUAAAUAUCUUAACAAUCUCUUAACGGAUGUCGAUGUGGCAUUGCAAGAAUCAAUGGCUAAAUGGAAAAUAGUGGUAGGUCACCACACGAUCAAAAGUGCAGGUCACCACGGCAUAACCAUAGAGCUUGAGAAACAACUUUUACCUAUCCUCGAGGCUAAUGAAGUGGAUCUCUAUAUAAACGGGCAUGAUCAUUGCUUGGAGCACAUAAGCAGCAUCAACAGUGGAAUACAAUUUAUGACAAGUGGCGGUGGAUCUAAGGCGUGGAAAGGAGAUAUGAAUGAUUGGAACCCACAAGAGAUGAGGUUUUACUAUGAUGGACAAGGAUUCAUUGGUGCUUUGUCGGAGCUUGAAAGGUUGGAACAUCCGGUGACAAAAUCUGAUGGCUCUCUGAGUUUUCUGGUCGUUGGAGAUUGGGGACGCGAAGGAGAGUUUAAUCAAUCUCUCGUUGCACAUCAGAUGGGAAUAGUGGGAGAGCAAUUAGACAUAGAUUUUGUGAUAUCAGUAGGAGAUAAUUUCUACGAGGACGGAUUAAAAGGAGACAAUGAUACUUCCUUUGAAGCCUCUUUCUCUCAUAUCUACACUCAUCCUAGUCUCCAAAAACAGUGGUAUUCAGUUUUGGGUAACCAUGAUUACAGAGGAAAUGUUGAAGCCCAACUAAGUCAAGUUCUCACCCAAAAAGAUUGGAGAUGGUUUUGUCGCAGAUCUUUUGUCUUAUCCUCAGGAAUGGUGGAGUUUUUCUUCGUGGACACAAAUCCAUUUGUAGAAAAAUACUUCACUGAUCCAGAAGAUCACACUUAUGAUUGGAGCAAUGUCUUACCUAGAAAUAAAUACAUCUCAAACCUCUUACAUGAUUUAGAUUUAGAGAUUAAAAAGUCGCGUGCUACAUGGAAAUUUGUCGUGGGACAUCACGGGAUCAAAACCGCAGGGCAUCACGGUGUGACCCAAGAGCUCGUAGAUCAACUUCUACCAAUUCUAGAGGAGAAUAAAGUGGACUUGUACAUAAAUGGACAUGAUCACUGCUUACAACACAUUGGUUCUGACGGUGAAACCCAAUUUCUGACAAGUGGAGGAGGAUCAAAGGCAUGGAGAGGAGAUAUUCAGCCAUGGGAUCCAAAAGAACUCAAACUGUAUUACGAUGGACAAGGAUUCAUGUCUCUUCACAUCACUCACUCCCAAGCUAACUUCAUCUACUAUGAUGUUUCCGGCAAUUCUCUUAAUUGGUACGUACAUGGAGGAAUCAUGAAGACAAAGAAGAAGAGACAUUUGAUGCGUAUUGUCCAAGCCAUUGAAAGAGACGAUUCUUCUUCUUCUUCAUCUUCAGAGAGAUUCGAAAUCGAUAGAGAUAAAGCAAGAAAAGCUCUGAAACAGCUAGAUCAACAAAUCGAAUCUCAAGCUGAUGAAAAACCAAGAAUCAUCAUCAAGACAUCAUCCGAUGUGGUCGGAACCAAUAAUGAUCCAAUCAUGUUUGAAGAACCACCUGAGAUCUCCGGAUCGUUCCUCACAAGUUCAGCUUUUGUUCUCUUAGCUCUUACCUUGUUCUACAACAUUUUGUUCAUUACAGUGAUAAAACCAUCCAUGGAUGGACCAGAAUCAGUUCCAGAAGAAAACAGUGUUGCUAUGUCUGAUUCUGACAUUGUCAAGUUUCCACUUUCAUCUUUGCCUGAAAACACUUUCAAACAGUAGAAAUCUUUACGUCAUUAUUAGUGUAUCUUCUUGUAUAUUACAUCUUCACUGUUUUCAAUGCUAAAAUGUUCAAAGAAAACACAAUGAAACUG